GCUACUUCCUGUAAAGCUGAAGGGUGGGACAGGCGGAAGCAGGGUCCUGUGGUGCUAAUAUUUUUCUCUCGCUGAGCAGUUGGACUGAUUUAUUUAUCACUCAGCAUGCCGGCGUAUCACUCAAACCUGAUGGUUCCUGAGACCAGGCUGGUGGGGAACAUGGCUCUGCUCCCCAUCAAAACUCAGUUCAAGGGACCAGCCAGAGGAGACGGCAUAGACUCAGACAUCAUUGAUGAGGCUAUCUACUACUUCAAAGCCAAUGUUUUCUUUAAGAACUAUGAAAUUAAGAAUGAGGCUGACAGGACGCUGAUCUAUGUCACACUCUACAUUUCUGAAUGCCUAAAAAGACUACAGAAGUGCAGCUCCAGGAGCCAGGGAGAGAAGGAGAUGUACACUCUGGGCAUCACUAACUUCCCCAUUCCUGGAGAACCUGGCUUCCCUCUUAAUGCUAUGUACGUCAAACCUACAAACAAGCAGGAGGAAGAGACUAUGAGAGCAUACCUCCAGCAGAUCCGUCAGGAGACCGGCUUAAGGCUAUGUGAACGUGUAUUUGACCCCCAGACAGACAAACCCAGCAAGUGGUGGGUGUGCUUUGUCAAGAAGCAGUUCAUGAACAAAAGUCUGUCAGCUCCUGGACAGUGAGCAACUCAGGACCCUCAGUUUCUGUUGUACACCUGCAACAUGGAUGGAUUUUCUUGGGGGUGGGUUGGGUUGGGUGGGGUGGGGUGGGGUGGAUCUGCUUUUGUGUUGCUAAAAAAAUGAUUUUAUACUCUUUGAGUUCAAAGAUAUGUCUUUAUGUGUCUGGAUGUUGAUCAAAUUGAGCUGGUGCUUAAUUCAAUAAAGCAAUCAUGGAGAUUGGGAAGAAAGAUG